CAAAGACGCGGACUUAAGGCGUAAAGCCACACGCACACGAGACAGGAAGACCGACGCUGUCAUUCGAUUCGCACGAAGAAGCUCCACCGCUUACAGUUUCGGAACAGACUCGCUGGGGAUAUUUAAAGGGAUGGCACUGCAGCAAUAGCGGCCUCUCAAGCACCAACAGCCCCCUCCCCAUCAGCAUGUCCUCGCACUUUACUUCGUUUGCCGUCGCCGGUGGCACGGGCCAGAUCGGCAAGAACAUCGCCGCCUCGCUGCUGUCGCACGGCCUCCGCGUCGUCGUCCUCACCCGGUCUUCGUCGAGCAAGGUGGCCGAGGGCGCCGAGGCGCGCGUCGUCGCAUCGUACGACGACGUCGACACGCUCGCCAAGGCCCUCCAAGGCGUCGAGGUCGUCAUCAACGCCCUCGGUCAGGAGUCGCUUGCGGGCGAGUCGGGCAGCAACCUUGCGCGUGCGGCCAAGAAGGCCGGCGCCGAGCUCGUCCUGGCCAACCACUGGGGUGUGGACCUCGAAGCAAUCAAAAAGGGCAGCACGGGGGUGCACCCGUUCCUCCUGGGCAAGCUCGCGUUCCCGAGCUUUGUCAAUGAGCUUGGCCUCGCCUACCUGCAGAUUCACAUCGGCCUUCUGACCUCAGUCUUUCCCCUUCUGACCUCGGUCGACAGCGAGAAAAAGACGGCGACGAUCGUCGGCCCCGGCGACACAAAAUUCACAAUCACAUCCGAGGAGGACGUGGGCCGGUUCGUGGGCGACGCCUUUGCCAAGCUGCCCAAGAAAGACCUGUUGAACCAGACGCUGGGCGUGUCAGGCCGCGUUGCCACGCUCAACGAGCUCCUCGCGGGGUACAGUAUCACCCACGUCGAUCCAAAGGAGGCCCUCGAGCAGAGCAGGGAUGUUGCGGGGCUCGGUGUCAAGAGCUUCUUCACCUGGCUGCUUCUUAUCAUUCACACGGGCGAGUCGCUCAUCAAGCCGGACAACACGAGCGUGGGCUUCGUCUCCAAGGACACGGCCGUCCACCUCUGAAGGCGACAUCUGGCGAACAAUCGCCUGCAAGAAGAGUCGUAGGACAACACACCUGCAGGA